AUGGAUAGCUCCCAAGCGCCGCUGAUUGCGGGCCACAGCGACGAAGAAGAGCUUGAAUAUGAUGUUGCUCAAGGGUCUCCCGCCGAAGCUGGCAAGACAGAGGGUGGAAUGCCCAGCUUAUUUGUCCUGGUCUUGACGUUUGCUGCUGGUAUCAGCGGCCUGCUUUUCGGGUACGACACAGGUGUUGUUUCCGCAACCCUCGUCUCAAUAGGCACAUCCCUCUCGAACCGCGAAUUGACCUCGAUGGACAAAUCGAUCAUUACAUCCUCCACCUCGCUCUUUGCACUCAUCAUCUCUCCUUUUUCGUCCGUUCUCGCCGACCGACUCGGACGUAAGCACGUUAUCCUCUACGCCGACAUCCUCUUUGUUGCUGGCGCACUUCUACAAGCAUGGUCUUCGACGGUCCCCAUCAUGGUCGCUGGGCGGUGUAUCAUCGGUGCGGGAGUUGGUGCUGCCAGUUUCGUAGUGCCGCUCUACAUAGCCGAGAUAGCACCCGCUGCGCAUCGUGGACGGUUGGUGACGCUGAACAUCAUGUUCAUCACGCUGGGUCAGGUUAUCGCAUACAUCGUUGGUUGGGCCUUUUCGACCUACGGUCACGCGGAGACAGGAUGGCGGUGGAUGGUCGGUCUAGGCGCUCUACCUGCCAUUGUCCAGGGGAGCAUGAUUGCUUUCAUGCCUGAGACACCUCGAUGGUUGGUCAAAGUCGGCAGAUCCGGCACAGCAAAGGAAGUUAUACGACGAGUCAAUGGCGAUUCAUUGCAGCACAAUGCGGAUGUCAUUAUUAAAGAGAUCGAGCUGGAAGUGCGGGACGAGUACGAGGCACAACGCUUGCGCGAUCUCCGAGCAUCUGGCCGUUGGAAGUGGCUUGGCGGAUGGGAGCUUCUGAUCAGUGAAGGGAGAAACCGAAGAGCUUUGGCUAUUGCUUGUUUACUCCAAGGCUUACAACAGCUUUGCGGUUUUAAUUCACUCAUGUACUUCUCCGCAACCAUUUUCACAGUUAUUGGAUUCCAAAGCCCAACGCUUACCUCUAUGGUAGUCGCCGUUACAAACUUCCUCGGCACAGUCGCUGCGCUUGGACUUGUUGAUCGCAUAGGCCGAAGGAGAGUUCUCUUAUACUCGAUCCCAUUCAUGAUCGCUGGCUUGCUGUUGUCUGCCUAUGGCUUCUCGUUCUUGUCGCUGGCGGCAGGAGUCAACACCACACCCGAUGAGCCGCCCGCUACAUCAGGGCACCAGAUGGCAGCCCUCACUAUCCUCGUGAGCAUUAUGGUUUAUGUCGCUGCGUAUGCGCUCGGUCUAGGUAACGUGCCAUGGAUGCAGAGUGAAUUGUUCCCUCUAGCUGUUCGAUCGCUCGGUAGUGGAGUUGCAACAUCAACAAGCUGGGCAGCCAACUUUGUCAUUGGGUUGACUUUCCUGCCACUAAUGGAUCUGCUGAGCCCAUCUUGGACAUUCGUGUUAUAUGCUUGUAUCUGCGGUGUUGGUUACUUUUUGGUCUGGCGCAUUUAUCCUGAGACGGCGGGGUUGAGUCUCGAAGAAGCGACAGCUUUACUUGAUGAUGGUUGGGGCGUUCGAUGA